AUGUGGUAUAUAAAAUUUGUAGCGACGCUUAUAGGAGCCUUCCUCACCGUCUCCGCGGCCACCGGGGCCUCCGAUCCGGGUGGCAUCCACCUGAACAUAGAAUACCCGAAGGAUGAGCAGAAAGGCAAGCUAGAUGUGGCAACCGGGGACGGGGUCGGCUCUUCCGACAUUAGGACGCCCGUUGUGAUAAUCGCGCCCAAGCCUUUGGUCGACUACGAGAGGCUGUACAAGAAGAUGAUGCACAGUGCUCCUUCUGAGAAAGGACGUGCAAAUAUAGAGAAGGAUUUACUUUACAACAAGAAAGUCGCGUACUCCGAUCCUUCAUCUCGUCGCCAGCUUUUGUUUGAGCUGCUGAAGGAAGCCGAGGCGGAUUUGGCAUUUUACCGCGCUGACUACAGCGAAAUGGAGCUGUUUUACCUUAUAACAUAUGCAGCUUGUGUCAUCUCGUCAUGGCUGAACUGA